AUGUCAUCAGUGUCCUUGAACAAGACAAGUAGUUCUAGAAGCAGUUCUUCGAGAUCAAAACAGGGAGCUCGUGUGGUUUCGCAGACACCCUUUGAUGCAAAGCUAGAUGUAGACUUUAGAGAAUCUGUAAAACGUUUUGAUUACUCCACCUCUGUUGACUGUAAUAUCUCAAGUUCAACUAGCAAUGUCCCCUCCGCCACUAUAUCAGCUUACCUCCGGAAUAUGCAGAGAGGCCGGCUCAUUCAACCAUUUGGUUGCUUGAUUGCUAUUGAUGAGCAAACUUUUAGUGUUCUUGCCUACAGUGAAAAUGCUCCAGAGAUGUUGGACUUGGCCCCCCAUACUGUUCCAAAUAUCCAGCAGCAAGAAGCUUUGACUUUUGGAACAGAUGUUCGCACGCUCUUUCAGUUCCCAGGUGCUGCUGCAUUGCAGAAAGCAGCUAAUCAUGGGGAAGUUAAUCUUUUCAAUCCCAUAUUGGUGCAUUGUAAAACUUCAGGUAAGCCCUGUUAUGCAAUUCUGCAUCGAGUUGAUGUUGGCUUAGUAAUAGAUUUAGAACCAGUAGGUCUAGAUGAUGUUCCAGUCACUGCUGCGGGGGCAUUGAAGUCUUAUAAGCUUGCAGCCAAAGCCAUCUCAAGAUUGCAGUCCUUGCCAAGUGGGGAUAUAUCAUUGUUAUGUGAUGUUAUAGUGAAGGAAGUUAGAGAUUUGACGGGGUAUGAUCGCAUAAUGGUGUAUAAAUUUCAUGAAGAUGAACAUGGGGAAGUUGUUGCUGAGUGCCGUAGACCUGACCUAGAACCUUAUCUGGGUUUGCACUACCCAGCCACUGAUAUACCACAGGCGUCAAGGUUCCUCUUUAUGAAGAACAAGGUUAGGAUGAUAUGUGAUUGUUUUGCCCCUUCAGUUAAAGUAAUUCAAGACAAAACAUUAGUUCAGCCAUUGAGUCUUUGUGGAUCAGCAUUGAGAUCUCCUCAUGAUUGUCAUGCACAGUAUAUGGCAAACAUGGGUUCUGUUGCAUCUCUUGUAAUGUCUGUGACAAUCAAUGGCGACGAUGAUGAGACGGAGCAUGAUCAACAGAGGGGAAGAAAAUUGUGGGGUUUAGUGGUCUGCCAUCACACAAGUCCUAGAUUUGUUCCGUUUCCUUUAAGGUACGCAUGUGAGUUUUUGAUUCAAGUCUUUGGUGUACAGAUCCACAAAGAAGUGGAGUUGGCUGCUCAGUCAAGGGAGAAACAUAUUAUGAAAACACAAUCUCUGCUUUGUGACAUGCUCCUUCGGGAUGCCCCUCUAGGUAUUGUUACUCAGUCACCUAAUGUGAUGGAUCUUGUUAAGUGUGAUGGAGCUGCAUUGUAUUACAGGAAGAAAUUGUGGUUACUUGGGAUCACCCCAUCCGAGGCACAAAUUGGAGAUAUUGCUACAUGGCUUCUUGAAUACCAUAGUGAGAGCACAGGCCUAAGUACUGAUAGCCUUAUGGAAGCUGGCUAUCCAGGUGCUUCAGAUCUUGGUGAUGAAGUUUGUGGAAUUGCUGCGAUUAGAAUUACUGCAACAGACUUCCUCUUUUGGUUUCGGUCCCACACCGCGAAGGAAAUCAAGUGGAGUGGUGCAAAGCAUGAUCCUGAUGAGAAGGAUGAUGGAAGAAAGAUGCAUCCCAGGUCAUCAUUCAAGGCCUUUUUGGAGGUAGUUAAGCGACGAAGCACACCAUGGGAAGAUGUAGAAAUGGAUGUCAUCCAUUCACUACAGCUGAUAUUGAGAGAAUCAUUGCAGAACAGUACUAUAAAUGAUUCCAAAAUGAUUGUGACUGGUCCAUCAGUUGAUGACAGGAUGGAGAGAGUGGAUGAAUUGCGUAUUGCCACAACUGAAAUGGUUCGACUUAUUGAGACAGCUGCAGUUCCCAUUUUUGCUGUUGAUGUUACUGGUAAUAUAAAUGGUUGGAAUAACAAGGCAGCUGAACUAACAGGAUUAGCUGUUGAGCAAGCUAUUGGUAUGCCACUAGUUGAUAUUGUGGGGGAAGAUUCAACUGAAGUGGUGAAGAACAUGCUCUCAUUUGCAUUACAAGGCGUAGAGAGGCAAAAUGUUGAAAUCAAAUUGAAAACAUUUGGUCAUCAAGAAAAUGGAAGUCUUACAAUUUUGGUGGUUAAUGCAUGUUGUAGCCGAGAUAUAAAGGAAGAUGUUGUUGGAGUUUGCUUUGUUGCCCAAGAUCUUACAGGAGAAAAGAUUGUUAAGGACAAAUACACUCGUUUACUAGGUGAUUAUGUUGGAAUAGUGCAAACCCCCUCAGCACUGAUUCCUCCUAUAUUUAUGACGGAUGAAAAUUGUCAUUGCUCAGAAUGGAACAAUGCUAUGCAAAAUUUGUCUGGCUUGCGAAGGGAAGAAGCUGUUGGUCAAGCACUCCUUGGGGAAAUCUUCACAACUAGCAAUUUUGGCUGUCGUGUUAAAGAUCAUGACACAUUAACCAAGCUUAGGAUACUGUUGAAUGGGGUACUUGCAGGCCAGGAUGCCAGUAAAUUGCUUUUCGGGUUUUUUGAUCUACAGGGUAAUUUCAUUGAAGCACUACUUUCUGCUAACAAAAGAAGUGAUGAAAAAGGGAGGAUAACUGGGGUUUUGUGCUUUAUACAUGUUGCUAGUCCAGAGCUUCAGUAUGCUACGCAGGUGCAAAGAAUAGCAGAGCAGGCUGCAGCUGAUAGUCUUAGGAAAUUGGCCUACAUUCGUCAAGAAAUCAAAAAGCCUUUAAGUGGGAUUAUGCUAAUGCAAAAUCUAAUGGGGUCUUCUAACUUAAGCAAAGAGCAGAAGCAGCUACAUAAGAAGAGCACAUUGUGUCGGGAACAAUUGAUCAAGAUUGUUGAUGACACUGAUGUUGAAAGUAUGGAGGAAUGCUACAUGGAGAUGAAUUCUGUUGAAUUCAACCUUGGUGAAGCAUUGGAGGUUGUUAUAAAUCAAGUUAUGAUCUUGAGUCGGGAGCGGCAGGUGCAGGUCAUCCAUGAUUCACCAGCUGAGGUGUCAACCAUGGUUUUGUAUGGAGACAAUUUGAGGCUACAACAAGUUGUCUCAGAUUUCUUAACCAAUGCAAUCCAUUUCACGCCUUCUUUUGAUGAAUCAACUGUUGGUCUCACAGCAAUUCCAACGAAGGAACGUGUAGGGACUAAAAUGCACAUUGUUCAUCUAGAGUUUCGAAUCACUCAUCCAGCACCAGGAAUGCCGGAUUAUUUGAUUCAAGAGAUGUUUCACGACAGCCAUCGCGUCUCAAGGGAAGGGCUAGGCUUACACCUCAGCCAAAAUCUGGUGAAGAUUAUGAAUGGCACUGUACAAUAUCACAGAGGAGAGGACACAUCAUCCUUUAGAAUCCUCAUAGACUUUCCGCUGGUUCACCACAUUAACAGCUGAUAUGUCUUCUCCGAGGAUGAGAACACUGGCUGCAGUGGACUCACACUUAACCUCUACUAGAGAUUAGGGAGUGCUGGAGAAUGUUAAUAAUAGCAAAUACAAAUCAAGUUGAUGGAGGGCCUAUCCCAAAUUUGUGUUUGAUUAUAAUCCUGAUCCAUUUAGAAAAAAAAAAAAGAACUUCCUAGACUACCAAUGUUC